UUGCUAAAGCUUAACAUCAUAGUCGCGAUCGGCGGUCGACGGUCGGUGGUCGGUGGCCUGUGUAUACGGCGGUUGUUGCUUACCUACUUUCUGGCUACGUGCACAGUUGGUUGAAUGGUUAGAUGGCUGCAUGCUUGGAUGGUUUGGAUGUGGCAGUCUAGUGAGCUGUUGGCUGUUGGCUGUUGGCUGCUGUUUUCACUGACUUUUGUUUUUGUUGUUGUCGUUGUCGUUGUUGUUGCUUUCAUUGUUGGCAUUAUUGCUGGUGGCUGUUAUGUGGGGGGAUGGUGUUAUGUUUGCUGUUUUCAUCCCAGAACGCCACUUUCAGAUGUGAAGUCGUUCAAGUCGUCGGUAAAUUGAAGGCGGAACAACAAGGAGCGCAACGACGGAAAGAGGUUAACACCGGGGAGGCCAAAGUGCGCGCGGGUUCUAAAUUAUACGCUAUGAUUGUGGCAAGGGAUGUACAAUUUGUGUGUGCGCGCACGCCAAAUGCCCCGUUCAGACACGUUUGCCGCUGUGUGGUCUGUGUAGCGUGUGUGCCGCUGUUUAUGUGCAUUGUAAGCUCGACUAAGCAGCACUUGGCAGGCAAGCAGUCAGCUUGCGCAUCCGUUUGCCGUUUUUGCUGUUAGAUUGCAUGCAAUGUGUGCCUACGCUUGUGUGUUGUUGCCCCGCUGCUAUGUUUGCCACUUGGUUGAACGUGGGUUGCGUUGCGCUCAUAGAUGAUUGCGGGUGUUCGGUGGCGCCAGAGACGUGCAAGUUGAUGGCGGAUUGUUGAGGUACUUGGCUCGUGCGACACCGUCUGUGUACUCGACUCUACGGACAACCAAACACACAGACACACGACUGAGUUUGUUUGUACGUGCAUGGUUCUUGUGUAAGUUUGGGUGCGCGUGUAUUCCUGACUUGUAUGCGAUAAUGUAUGUGUUCAAUGCGGACGGCGUGUCGGCUGGCCUCUGUAGUAUCUCUCUACCAAUAAAUAUGUACUAUAUGUGUGUGUUUGCGGUAUAGGUCGUAGCCACUGGCAGUGUGCGCCAGUUACUCACAAUUUUCACCGACCCGUCUUUUCGUGUCACGCCCGGCUUUUGGUCGACCGUCGACUCAACAGUAGCGUUGAUGGCAAGCAGCCUGGUCUUUUUGGGUCUGCACGAGUAUUGGCGCGCACGUCAUACAUCAAGGGGCGGAAUACGCAAGCAAGGGUAGUUUAACAAGACUAUAUGGAUAUGCACACACGUACAAAUAUAUGGGUUGAUUCGUCGUUAGUCGGGUAGACGGGUGCGACAGUGAGACGGUCAAUUGAAUGGGUUUUGUCGGCUCCGUUUUGAUAUGCGUCGGUUUGGUUUGGUCAGGUUGGACCGUUGAUUUCUUUCGGUUUGGGUCGGCUUGUGAUUCUAGGUUUGUAUGUUUGUAGAUAUAUGUACGUGUUAUACGGUUGGUUGGUUGGUAGGCGCGACGAUAGCGGCUAAAAGCAAAGUAGCGUCAGGAAAGCGUUGAAGGGAAAGCAGUGUAAUACAUACAUACAUUUGAGUACACACGCCAAGGGAAUUCCACCCUGACACCAAGAGCUCAACAAGCAGCGGCGGCGGCAAAUAACGUAAACGGCAAUUUCAGUUAUGUAGGUGUCGGAGGCGGGGUAAAUAGAAGGUACGCAGACGAAGAUGAAACUUCAGCAGCAAUUGUAAAAGCUACCGUGUUAUAAUGUGUGUGUGUGUGUGUAUGUCACUGAGUUAGACAGUACGGAUCGCAGAUCCGCAAUGUUGACGUUGUUAGUUUUUUUUUACGCUAAGCGUCGUUCUGCGUUGUUAUAAAUUCGUACGAAUGCAUGUAUGUUCGUCGUCCACACAUAUGCGACUAGGUGGGCUCUAGUGUAAGCGCUUUGUGUCGAGCCACACGUCAUCCCUAGAGCCUGAACAGUCGACGCACAUUGUAUUAUUUGUCUUUAAAGUCAGUUGCCAGUAUGCCAAGUGAUGCUGUUUGUGCGGGCGUUGGGCUAGUUUGGCAAACAUUGCGUGAAUUGAUGCGAAUCACAUUAUAAAAUGCUAAACUAUUAAUGCAACUAAGUGUUUUAAAGAUUUAUACAAUGAACGGCGUUGCGGUAUAACGCUUUAAACUAAUGCCAUAUUUGUCAAUUGGCAUGGCUUGUUGUUGGCUUUUGUUGAUGAAUCCGAGACGUACAUAUGUACAUCGAAAGUACGAAGUACGUAGCUAAUCUUUGUAGUCAUAUUGCAAUUUUAGUGCCAGACAUUGUACAUCACAUACGUCAUCAUCCUCUUCACCAUCAACGUGUUGGCGUUGCUCUCGUUUUGCUGAACAACGCCGUUGUUAGUGCUGUUUUUGUUGUUGGUGUCAGGUCGUAAGUCGACGGCAUAGUCGUUGCGUCGUCGUAGUUUUGCACGGGCUUUAAGUCCCCAACGGUUGCCGCCCAAACGCCCCAGUGGCACAGCCGCGUGCAUACACAACUUGCCACAACCAGUCAACCAAGGAACCAACCAACAAACUGGCGAAUGUUGCCAUUACUUGGCGUUGGCGCAUGUUGCUACAGCUACAGCUACUGGUACUGGCAUUGCUCGCGCCAUUCUUGUGUUACGUGUUGUUGUUGCAGUUGUUGUUGUUAUAGUCGUUUCUGUUGUUUUGCUGGUGGUUAGCUGACUCCAAUCUGCCGCGCUCAGCUCAGCUCAACUCAACUGAACUGAACUGAACUCGAGUCGACUCGGUAUGCGACAUGCGGCAUAGCAUGCCGCUGUUGUGAUUCGCUUCGACAUACAUGCAUACACACACACUCGGUUGUACAACCGUACACAUGAGUAUUUGAGAGUGUGUUUGUAUGUAUGUUGCGCAUCGUCGUCGCAGUCGUCGGUGCGGCCAGGAUAUUUAGAAAAGCACCAAGGAUAAUGAUUCAGUUUUGAUUUAAAUUCUGUUAGUUCGUCGUGCGACGUCUUGGCGUGUGGACGCUUCGAUACGUUUUCGUUUCGUUCGUUUCGUAUUCGAAUUCGCUUAGUUCUCGUUCUCGUGGUUAACAUCGUUUAGCGAAACAUACCAUUUCAACGCAUUGUGUUUAAAGCAAUUUAACACAUAGACGUGUCGUCAACACCGUCGCUGUGGCACAGCACUAGUCGUGCUGCGGCAGACGUAAUUGUCGUUUGUGUCGGUGUGGCUGUGUCUGGCCUUUAAGCGGGGCAAUUGGUGGUGGUGGAGGUGCCGUUGUGCGGGUAGUGUUUAAUUGUAGCCUACAAGUUUUGUUUAAAACACACGAGUCAGCGCGCUUUCAAUUUCGUUGUGUUUAACUUGCGACGGUUGUUCGCCGCCUUCAAUGCAUACGCACUUGUAGAGUACUCAGCGUAGUCAGAGCAGUGCAGUGCAGUGCAGUGACAUUGCAAUUUCCGCAACGCAAACUUAAGUCGCAGUCGGCAAAGACAAAGUGACGCUGUCUUUGAUAGCCACUUGCCUUGUGCGCUAAUGGACUAAGUGGUUUCUUAACAGUGUGGUGAUCAUGUGUACCGCGAACGCAUCUGCAACAUUUCGUUUCUCGGUUUAGUUACGGAUACGCGGCGCUUUUUGGCAAACAUGACAAUAUGACAGCAAAACGCGACAAGGAUUAUGCUAAAAGUAAAACAUCAACUGGAUUUUCUGCGUCAGCAUCUACCGGAGCAGUAAAAUCAAUAGGUCUAGUCACAUCUUCACAAAAUGUAACAUCAUCUCAGGACAUAACGAAACGAACAAACAAGCCACUUAUGGAAAAGCGACGACGUGCACGUAUCAAUCAAAGUUUGGCCAUAUUAAAGGCCCUAAUUUUGGAAUCGACAAAGAAUCAGUCCAAAGCCACUGAUGGACAAACCAAACACACGAAAUUGGAAAAGGCCGAUAUACUCGAAUUAACAGUGCGCCAUUUUCAACGGCACCGAAAUCUCGAUGAUCCAACUAUCAAUAAAUACAGAGCCGGUUAUACGGACUGUGCCAGAGAGGUGGCACGUUACUUGGCCACACCAGAACCACCACCUUUGGGAAAUAUACCUACGCUAUCGGAGCCGGGGUCCAAAGCCCGGCUUUUACGACAUUUGGACCAAUGCAUUGCAGAAAUUGACAUUGAGAUAUGCCCACAUUCGACAGCGACAUAUGCGGACAGUCCAUCCAGCAGUUGUUAUGAUAUCAACACUGCACCAAAGAAACCUCAACCAGAUGAUAACUCAUUGGAUUACAGCAGCCAAGACUCAAACCCUUUAGAUUUCAGUAAAGCCGCUUCUAACAUUUUAACAUCUAAAGCAAAUUUUGUUAGUCCUGCUGGGACGCCUGUAGCACAUUCCACAAAUUCGCCCUGCUCAGAAAGGCUGAGUUCACAGGAUGAAAACAAUAAUCCCGAUGGACCUCAGGGUAGUACUGGUUCGAACAGAAGUGAGGCGAAUAUGCGACCAAUGCUUGGCGCUGGUGAUAUUCCAAAUGUAAUCGACAUCAAUGCUGUGCAGAGCUUUGAAGAACGCAGUAAACUGUGUUCCAAUGUAUUGGAUACAUACAAACAUCUUAAAGUAAAUGAUCCAACCGGGAUACUUGUGCUUCCGCCACAUUAUGUGCAAUUAGCAGCAGCUUUGGGUCUAAAUACUCAUCCCGUCAUGGAUGCCAUUACCACGCGCACAGAUUUCGAACGGCUGAUCGAAAUGAAUCAUGUGCCUCCAUUGUCCGCACAAAUCGCGGGCAAACUUGGCACAUAUGGCGCACUACCCGGUGCUUUAGAGGCCGCUCACGCCGCUGCUGCCUACGCAGCCAACACUUUAGCGGCAAAAGAGAAUGGCAUACCGACGGCGAGUACAGCGUCACCAGCAGCGGUUAGUAACAUUAAUAUGGAACGUCCUGCCUCUGUGCUCUCCAAUGCGACUUCGGUUGCUUCAACCUCGGUGAGCUCGAUGACAUCAACCGAUUCGCAGAAAAAUGUCACACAGCAACAACAACAUCAGCUAUCACGCUUAGAUGCUGGCGCUGCAUCGUCAGUGGAGGCAGCCCAAUUGAACAUGGUUAACAAUCCACUUUCGGCAAACAUUGCAGCUGCAGCGGCAGCAGCAGCAGCAGCCGCAGCCGCGCAACACCAGUUGCAUCUAUUGCGACCCAACGAGGCACUCGCACGGCAAGAGCAACAGCCACAGGACGAGAAUAUGUGGCGGCCAUGGUGAGCGGCGCACAUCGGAGUGGUACUUUAAAGGAAGUAGAAUUCAAAGCUUAAAGCGCGUGACAUUGUAAAUACCAAAGAUUUCUUAAAUAUAGUUCUACAAAUAUUUAAAGCUAGUUAUGUAAGUUAUAAGAAAAUACGUUUCAUGAAUAAGUUAAAGGCACUUAGAAACGGGCUUAUAUAUAAAAAAAACUGUUAUAUUCUUAUAGCAAGUGGCAAUUAUCGUUGAACAUUAUAUGAAAAUUAUAAUGAUAUAUGCUUGGAACUCAUUUGUAUAAUUUUAUGUACCUUUUUACUGUUAUCUUUUAAUGUUUACGGUAUACUUAUAUUAUAUUAUACAUAUGUCUGUUCCCAACAAUUUUUUUAGGUUAAAACGAGGUUCGCUAUUAUUCUUGUAUCUGGUAAUGACCGUUCAUUAAAAUCCAGUUUAGCUUUACUCUCUCAAUUUGCUUUGCUUUAAUAUUUAUUAUUGUACAGGUUCAAAAACUGAUAAUCUUUAAUAAAUAUCAAUAAUUAUCUGCUCCGUGUA